GUAAGGGACCGGGAGAUUAGUAUCUCCCAGAAAUUAUUGAAUCCAUAACACCCGAUCUCUCUCACGGCCGGCAUGGGGAUAACGCCAUCCAGGGAUCUGAAUCAGGAGAAUUCUGAUCCCAAAUCUCAAAAAAUUCCAGUCCAGUAAGAGAAAGUAGGAGAUUCGUCAAGUACUCUUUGGAAAGAUCAAUUACAAGUGUUCAUGAAGGAAGGUGGGUGCAAGGAAACAUAUGCGGCUUUUCAAGAUUGCGUGGACAACGCUGAGAAGACGAAUAAGGAACCUAUCUCUACGUGUUAUCCGAUGUUGCAGAAGUGCAUGGAGACUCACUCUGAUUACUAUCACCCCUUUCUCGAUGCAAUGAAUAGUGCUGGAAAACUGAUGAUGAAGGAUUUCUCGCCGUCAACUGUUUCGCGAGAUUCAGUUGAAUCCGUGUCCCCAAAUCAGUUGGCAAAAGAGGAAGAGGAAGAAAAGUUGUUUUUGGGGUUCAUGAGAGAAGGUGGUUGCAAGGAACCAUUUAGAGCUUGGUAAGAUUGCUUUGAUGAAGCUGACAAGAACAAGGAAGAUGUCGUCCUUAAGUGUGUGGGAGUUUUUACGAAGAUGACCAAGUGUAUGGAUGCUCACUCUGAUUACUAUCAUCCUUUACUUGCGUCCAAGAAAGCUGCAGAAGAACACAUGGAGAAUGAGCUUCAAGCCUUUCUCUCGGAAACAACCUGAGGGGUGUUUGAGUUGAAUUAGCCAUUUUCUAAUAUUGGAGAAAAAAAUGGAUUCGGUUUCCAUAUGAAUGACUACUCUUCUUUUUUCAUAUAGAGAUUAUUUGCUCUCAAUGUCACUACUUUGUUGAUGCCCAAUUGCCCAUGAAUGUUUUCCGUCAACAAAUU